UCCAUUAGAUUCUUCCUAUGGUGGUAUUUCUUUUUCUUUUUUCCCUUUUCUAGAUCAAAGUGUAACAUCAGCAACUUUCCUUUUCCUCUAUAUAAAGAACCAUUAUCACCACAGAUAAAACCACCUCCAUCAUUUCUCUCUCUCUCUCUCUCUCUCUCUCUCUCUCUCUCUCUCUCUCUCUCUCUCUCUCUCUUGAUACACUACACACAAACAAAUCAAAGCCAAUCUUAUCUUCCUAUCAUCAAGCUUCUUUUCUAUUCUGCAGCAAUGAAAUGUUCUCUACAAAUGAAAAAACAUAACACAAGUCUUAUACAUGUACUCAUUUAUCUUCUGAUAUCACUAUUAAGUGAACAAUACUUGCUCACUUCAGCUGACCCUAAAAGCAAUGUUUACAUCAUUCAUAUGGGGAAAAAUCAACAUGAGGAUCUAAAGCUACUCAAGAAAACUCAUCAUGAGGUGCUUACUACAGUUCUUGGAAGGUACUACAACAUGGGAAAGUUAACUAGCUUUUUUUAUAAUUUGAACUUUGCUAAGUUUAGAACUAAUGAUCUCUUGUGCAGUAAAGAAGAAUCUGUGAAAUCCAUGGUGUACAGUUACAAGCAUGGAUUCUCUGGUUUUGCAGCCAAGCUUACAAAAACUCAAGCACAAACCAUUUCAGAGUUACCUGGUGUGGCUCAAGUCAUACCUAAUCAACUUUUUAAGGUGCAAACAACUAGAAGUUGGGACUAUCUUCAACUCUCAUCUCGUUAUCAAACCCAUUAUGAUCAGAUUUCCAAACUUGGUGAUGGUGCUAUCAUUGGUCUCCUAGAUACAGGAAUAUGGCCAGAAUCUGAAACGUUCAGCGAUAAAGGCUUGGGACCCAUCCCAUCCAGAUGGAAAGGAGUAUGCAAAUCAGGAGAAAACUUCAACGGAACCAAACACUGCAACAAAAAGCUAAUCGGAGCACGUUACUUCAUCAAAGCACUCGAAGCCGAAUUCGGAAAGCCAUUCAAUUCCACCGAAUCAGGGGAAUUUCUCUCUCCUAGGGAUUCAAGUGGCCACGGAACUCACACAUCGACGAUCGCAGCUGGAUCUUCCAUGGCCAACACGAGUUACAACGGAUUAGGUACCGGAACCCUAAGAGGCGGCGCCACCCAAGCUCGAAUCGCCAUGUACAAGGUCUGUUGGAGCCUUCUCAGCGGCGGAAUUUGCGCCGGAGCCGAUAUACUCAAAGCGUUCGACGAAGCGAUUCGAGAUGGAGUGGAUGUGAUUUCGGUGUCGAUCGCCGCUGAUAUUCCGUCGUUUCCGGAAGUGGAUGACCGGAAUGCGAUCGCCAUUGGGGCGUUUCAUGCGGUGGCGAAAGGUGUUGUUGUGGUUUGCUCGGCGGGAAAUGCGGGGCCUAGUCCUCAGACUGUGCAAAAUGCUUCGCCAUGGAUAUUGACCGUUGGAGCUAGUAGCGUUGACCGGUCUUUUCCAACUGUCGUUACUCUGGGAAAUAACUGGUCAACAACGGGGCAAGCCAUGUUUACAGGAAAUAAAACAGGGUUUAUCAGAUUAGCUUAUCCAGAGGUCUCUGAUCUCCAAUAUCCUCGUGACUGUAAAAGUCUAAGAAGAAAUGAUACAUGGGUUAGAGGAAAAGUAGUGCUAUGCUUUACUUCAUCAUUCAAAGAAGGUUAUAUAGAAGACAGUGCAUAUUGGGUCAAGAAAGCUGGUGGGCUGGGCCUAAUCGUGGCCCAAAACCCGACCCGAUCUCUCUAUUCAUGUGAUGAUGACUUCCCUUGUGUUCAACUUAGCUAUGACGUAGCCAUGAAGAUUCUCUACUACAUUCGUACUACCAAGUCUCCUAAGGUGAGAAUAAGUCCUACAAAAACUCAUGAUGGAAGACCAGUUUCCACUAAACUGGCUUACUUUUCUUCUCGAGGGCCUAGCUCUGUUGCCCCAGCUAUAUUGAAGCCAGAUAUAGCAGCCCCAGGAGUGAACAUAUUAUCAGCAGUGUCUCCAUCUGACCCAAAGAAGAAGAAUGGGUUUGCUUUCAUGUCUGGAACAUCAAUGGCUACUCCACAUGUUUCUGCAAUUGUUGCACUCCUUAAGUCUCUCCACCCUGAUUGGUCUCCUGCUGCUAUCAAGUCUGCCAUUGUCACUACAGCAUGGAAUAAUGAUCCUUCUGGUGAGCCAAUAUUUGCAGAAGGAGAGACAAUGAAACUUGCAGACCCAUUUGACUAUGGAGGUGGCAUAAUCAAUUUCAACAGUGCUGUAAAUCCAGGCCUUGUUUAUGACAUGAACACUUCUGAUUAUCUCUAUUAUCUCUGUUCAAUGGGUUAUAAAUCCUCUGCCAUAACCAAGCUUGGUCAACAAAUAGUUAUAACCCCAAAUAGUAACAAUAACUAUUAUAAUUCAUUAUGUCCAACUAAUAAUAAUAAUAAUAAAAACAAUAAAAAUAAAAAUAGUAUUCUCAACUUGAACCUACCAACCAUUACAAUCCCAUCACUUAGAAGAAGAACAAGUUUGAGAAGAAGAGUCACAAAUGUGGGACCAAUAAACUCUGUUUAUAAGGCUAUUGUGAAUCAACCACAAGGUAUUAAAGUAUCAAUACGACCUCGUUUUAUGGUGUUCAACUCAACAACAAAGAAUUUGUCUUUUAAAGUAACUGUUUCUUCAUCUCAUAAGGUUACUACUGGUUACUAUUUUGGAAGCUUGACUUGGAGUGAUGGUGUUCAUCUUGUUACAACUCCAAUUUCUGUCAGAACUGAGUUUAGAGUUUUCUCUAUUAAUAAUUAAUUAAUUAUUAGUUUCUAAUUAUACCAUAAUUUAUAUAUGGUUUUUAAUUGAGACCAUUUUCAUUUUUCUUGGGAAGAGAGGAACAAAAAACAGCAACAAAAAAUGUUGCUGAUUUAUCAAGACUAAUAUUAAUAAAGUUUAAAACUAUAUAUAUA